UCUGACUGGGACUAACGUUGCUGCUCAGCGCUGUGGCAAGGCGUCCCGUUGCAGAAGACCUGCACCAAAGAAUGAGGAUAAACUUCCUGUAAGACAGCACAAACAUUAAGUCCAACGUCAAAAGAUGGAAGUGCAGGACCAGGAGUCUCUGGGGAGAUGGGACGGGCUGGGCAGCCGGGAUGCCAGCUCCAGAACUGAGGCCAUGGAAAACAUAUGCCAGGACGUCAUGAGGAAAGCGGAGGCUAUUGGGCCCAUAACAGCAUCGGUCCCCUCGCCCCCGGCCUUGGGAUGCCUUCCAAACAGUGAUCUGAAUGACAUCCUUGCUCAUCUGCUCAUGCUCUCCAAACGGUGUCCCUUUGAAGAUGUCAGGGCACAAUGCAUUCGGCUUCUAAAGGCCGUCCAGGACUUGGGAGUAAGGAUCCCAAGACCCUUAGGUAACGGACCAAGCAGAUUUAUCCCUGAAAAAGAGAUUCUUCAAGUCAGUAAAGUGGACGCCAGGACACAGUCGAUAUUUGAGGAUGCGUUUGCAGCCCUCGGUCGUCUGGACAACAUUUCACUGGUGAUGGGCUUCCACCCACAGUACCUGGAAAGUUUUCUCCGGACGCAGCACUACCUGCUGCAGAUGGAUGGACCCCUAUCUUUGCACUACCGACACUACAUCGGCAUCAUGGCGGCAGCUAGACACCAGUGUUCCUACUUGGUCAACCUGCAUGUGAACGAUUUCCUCCAGGUCGGGGGAGAUCUGAAGUGGCUAAAUGGCCUGGAUGAAGCACCACAGAAACUGCAGCAGCUCGGAGAGCUCAACAAAAUCCUGGCCCACCGACCUUGGCUUCUCACUAAGGAACACAUCGAGCGCCUCCUGAAGGCUGAGGAACACAGCUGGUCCCUCGCGGAGCUAAUCCACGCCGUGGUCCUCCUCACACACUACCACUCCCUCGCCUCGUUCACAUUCGGCUGCGGCAUCACGCCAGAGAUUCACUGCGAUGGUGGACACACUUUCAGACCCCCCUCCCUCAGCCAGUACUGCGUGUGUGACAUUGCCAACGGCAACGGUCACGCUAAUCACCAUGACGAUCCACUUGGCAACCAGGAGAUGUGUGGCGAGGUGGAGGUGCUGAUGGAGCGCAUGAAGCAGCUGCAGGAGUGCCGCGAUGACGAGGAGGCCAGCCAAGAAGAGAUGGCAACCCGCUUCGAAAGGGAGAAGACUGAGAGCAUGCUGGUGGUCACAGCAGAGGACGAGGAGUGUGUCCCCUCAAGAGACAUCUCCCGACACUUUGAGGACCCCAGCUAUGGCUACAAGGACUUCUCCAGGAGGGGGGAGCACGUGCCCACGUUCAGAGUGCAGGAUUACAGCUGGGAGGAUCACGGCUUCUCUCUGGUCAAUCGACUGUAUCCUGAUGUUGGUCAGAUGCUGGACGAGAAGUUCCAGAUGGCCUACAACCUGACCUACAACACCAUGGCAACACACAAGGAUGUGGACACCAGUAUGCUGCGUAGGGCCAUCUGGAACUACAUCCACUGCAUGUUUGGCAUCAGGUAUGAUGACUAUGAUUACGGGGAGAUAAACCAGCUUCUGGACCGAAGCUUUAAGAUCUAUAUUAAGACCAUGGUGUGUAGUCCUGAGAAGACCACCAAACGAAUGUAUGAGAGUUUCUGGAGGCAGUUUCAGCACUCCGAGAAGGUCCACGUUAAUCUGCUUCUUAUGGAAGCGCGAAUGCAAGCAGAACUGUUAUACGCUCUGAGAGCGAUCACCCGCUACAUGACAUGAAGUGCUUUUGGUGUUUUUAUCGUUGUGUUUUUACUGUCAUUGUUGUUGCUCAUUAUGGGACACUUCAAGGAAAAAAAAAAAGAAAAUCAAAGGGGUGGGGGGGGGAUUCAACAAAAGAGAUGAGUGGAAGAGAGUCCUGGGUUGUGACGGUGCUUGUUGGAUGGAUGUGGAGAAGAGGAUCAGAACAAAUGGAAAGCAAGGAAAAAAAAAAAA